AUGGCAUCAUCUCAAGGGUCGCUAAAAAUAUUCCAAAUUUUACAAAAUCCUAUACCACAAUAUGUAUUAGGCUCAUUGCCAGCUAUUCUAACAAUAGGAGCAACUCCUCAUAAAACUUUAUUAGCAAAGUUCCUAUGGUUUGUACGAUGUCUUGAUGGUAGCAGAGAUGACGAAGACCGCGAAAAUGAUAACAAAAUUAAUGAAGAAAGUAGCGAAAACUCUACCAAUAACAAAAUAAUCGAUGUAGAAAAGCAAGAUUUUCCUAGACCUUUUGGACAUCAUGCUAUGAAGAUAAAACCUAAUAAAUCUCAGAACCGUAUUUUGAAAGACUGGGUUUCAGAAGCCUCUUUAUUAGAUAGGUUAUUAUUGAUUGUUUCCGCAUAUUACAUAAUACUUGGUAUAGCUGCAGGAAUAUCUAAAGCAGCAGGACCGUGUACGAAUGAUACAUCAUUACAGGAUUGGCCAUACAUACCAAUACUAUUUAUUUGGACAUUACCUGUAAUUUUUGUUAGAAUAAGAAGUGGAAAAGUUGUGAAUAAAGUGUUACCAAAGCGUUUAAAAAGUAGAAUAACUAUAGUAAGAUAUAAUACAGCAAAUGUUAAGACAAAUCGUAAUUGGACUUUCAUUAUCUUUUGUGUUUCGUUUUUUCUUCCUUGGUUAACUGUAAUUAUAGCAUAUUGGACUCCUCCAGUCGGAUUUUAUUGUAGGAGUAAAUUUCUGACAAUUAUAUGUUCUAUAUGGUCAAUUAGCAGUAUUGCUGCAUAUAUAAGUCACAUAAAAGGGGAAAAAGAUGUUCAUGGUCCAAUUAGUAUAGUGUUUAGUUUUUUUGGUGCAGUGAUAGGAGGAGGCAUGAUUUUUUUAAGCAUUCUUGCAAAUAACAAUUCAUUAUGGAUAACCCUAUUUAGCGAUAAUUGCUAUGUUCCACCACCUAAUUGUUAA